GUUGAUUGGUGGGUGGAGUGAAUGAAUCAUUUUGAUCGAAAAGCUCCGCUGAUUUUUUGCUCUUUUUCCUUUUCUUCUUUCUCUUUAUGUCUUUUCUAUCAAAUAUGAAUUCCCUUUUUCAAAGAUCUAUCAAAACGACAUUAUUCAAAUUUCAUUUUGUAACCUCAAGUGAGGCCACCUUGUAUACCAUGAAGCAUACUUAUUCCACUGCUGUCAAUACUCCAUCUUCUGACAAAUUGCCAAAACCUUUGGAAGGAAUCAAAAUUUUAGAAUUGGGUCAGUUGAUUGCUGGUCCAUUCUGUGGAUCUAUCCUUGGAUACUAUGGUGCAGAGGUGAUCAAAAUUGAACCACCCAAAACUGGUGAUCCUCUCAGAUUAUGGAGAUAUUUGGAUAAUGAUGGACAAAGCCCUUGGUUUCGUAGCUUGGCAAGAAACAAAAAAUCAGUAUGCAUUGAUCUGAAAACGGAAAAAGGUCGAAGUUUAGUCAAGCAGCUUGCCGAAACGUCUGACGUUCUGAUUGAAAAUUUCAAGCCUGGCACAAUGGAAAAAUGGGGACUUGGGCCUGAUGAAUUGUAUGCGACAAAUCCAAGUCUCAUUUAUACCAGAAUCAGUGGUUAUGGUGGAACAGGACCAAAAUCUUCAUUACCUGGAUUUGCUUCAGUAUGUGAAGGUUAUAGUGGAUUCCGAUAUAUCAAUGGACACAAAGGAGAAGCUCCAGUACGACCAAAUAUAAGUCUUGGUGAUUCGUUAGCAGGAAUGCAUGCAGCUCUGGGUUGUGUUCUUGGGCUCUAUGGUCGAGACAAAUUGAAAAAGGUCGGUUGUCAUCAAACUGGACAAGUUGUUGAUGUCGCUAUUUAUGAAGCUAUGUUGAAUAUGAUGGAAGGCAUUAUUCCUGAAUAUGAUAGAUCAGGUCAAAUUCGACAACCAUCAUCUACAAGUGUUACAGGUAUUGUACCUACCAAUACUUACCCAUGCCAGGGUGGGGAAUAUGUGAUUAUCGGUGGAAAUGGUGAUAGUAUCUACAAACGUCUUAUGAAAGCCAUUGGAAGAGAAGAUUUGACUGGACCCAAGUAUGAAACCAACUCUGAUCGUGUCAAGGAACAAGAACAAAUCGAUCAAGCUAUUGCGAAUUGGACAUCUAUGCGUUCACCUGAUGAUAUUUUACAGGUUUUAUCUGAAGCAUCUGUACCUGCUGGCAAGAUAUAUAAUGUCAAAGAUAUCGUGGAAGAUGAACAUAUCAAUGCCCGUGGUAUGAUUGAACAAGUCGUUGUUGGAACAAAGGAGGAUGGUCGUGGUUGGAAACUAAAGAUUCCUGGAAUGAGUCCUCGUCUUGAACGAACUCCUGGAUCCACUGAAUGGGCUGGUCCUGAUCUGGGAGCGCAUACUGCCGAAGUGCUUGGAUCUCGAUUGGGUUUAUCUCCACAAGCUAUUGCUGAAUUAGACAAGGAAGGUGUGAUCAAGGCGACCAAUUAGAGUAGUAUUCAUGUUUAUGGUUUUAUUGUAUCAAUAAAAAAAGGGAAUUCUUAUUUUCACCCCCCUCAGUUUGUUAUUCUCACCCCCCAAGCUAAAAAAUAGCCAAUAAAACACG